AGAGUUUGACCCAAGUCAUAUGUCUCAGUACUGUACACGGUGGAGGAUAUUGUCUGUUGUAACGGGGAUGGAUCAUGUUUAGGAAACGGUACGGACUCUUAUUCAUUAUGGGUCUUGGUUCCGCUUUAUUGGGAAAUAUUGGACAGCCAGGCGUCACCGUUUGGAGCAGGAGCGCAGUGUGCUAGACUUAUUACUUCCCCCUGCUCAAUUUAUUGCGACAGAUUUGGAAACAUCUCUUUUUUCUGCGGAAGAUUUCGUCAUUUUCUACUGUAUUACGACCACUGACACCCAAAAGGAAGUGGUUUGCCGUCUUGAAAUGACAGCGCACAUGACCGUGGGAGAGGAGUAAAAGUUUUCUCCCGGACCAACAACACCUGACACCCUCCUCCCUCUCUGCGCUCUGCGCCCUGCCUGCGCCGGCAUGACUCUCGGCGCGGUGUCCGGAUCCGACAACUCGUCGGCGGUCAGCUUCUGCUCCUGCUGCGGUGCCAAGAUGGUGCCCUACUUCGGCGAGGACGCGGUGGUGACCAAAAAUCAGAUCAACCAGCUUAUCAGUGAGAGUUUCCUCACAGUAAAAGGUGCAGCCCUGUUCCUUCCCAGGGGUAACAGCCCUACGCCUAACUCUGCACCUCGCAUCAGCCAGCGCAGGAACAAGCACACAGGUGACCUCCAGAAACAUCUUCAGACCAUGUUCACUGUGCUGCGGCCGGAGGACACCAUCCGACUGGCUGUGCGUCUGGAGAGUGCCUACCCUCAGGUAACCCGCUACAUGGUGGUGGUCUCCACCAAUGGAAGACAGGACACAGAGGAGAGCAUUGUGCUUGGCAUGGACUUUGUCUCCUCUGAUAGCUGCUGUUCGGUGGGUCUGGUUCUACCUCUGUGGAGCGACACUUUGAUCCACUUGGAUGGAGACGGUGGUUUUAGUGUGUCAACGGUGAACAGGGUUCAUGUUUUCAAGCCAGUUUCUGUCCAGGCCAUGUGGUCAGCCCUCCAGUCGCUCCACAAAGCAUGCGAGGUGGCCCGCUGCCAUAACUACUACCCGGGCAGCCUGUUCCUGACCUGGGUGAGCUACUACCAGAGCAGGGUCUCAUCCAACCAGUUCUGCGUCAAUGAGUGGAACGCCAUGCAGGAUGUGGAGUCGCACCGUGCCAACUCACCCGUUCUCUUCACAGACCUGCCCACAGAGAGGGAGCGCACAGAAAGGCUCAUCAAGAUGCGCCUCAGAGAGAUCAUGAUGCAGAAAGACCUGGAGAAUGUCACCUGUAAGGAGAUCCGAACAGAGCUGGAGAUGCAGAUGGUGUGUAACCUGAGGGAGUUUAAGGAGUUCAUAGAUAACGAGAUGAUCAUCAUCUUGGGACAGAUGGACAGCCCCACUGAAAUCUUUGAACACGUCUAUCUGGGCUCUGAGUGGAACGCCUCUAACCUGGAGGAGCUGCAGAACAGUGGAGUGCACUACAUCCUGAACGUGACCAGAGAGAUAGACAACUUCUUCCCAGGGAUGUUUGAGUACCACAACAUCAGAGUGUACGACGAAGAGGCCACCAACCUGCUGGAGUACUGGAACGAGACCUACAAGUUCAUCACCAAAGCCAAGAAAGCUGGUGCUAAGUGUCUGGUUCACUGUAAAAUGGGCGUGAGUCGCUCUGCCUCCACAGUGAUCGCCUACGCCAUGAAGGAGUACGGCUGGGACCUGGACACUGCCUUCGAGUAUGUUAAAGAGAGACGGGCUGUCACCAAACCAAACCCUUCCUUCAUGAAACAGCUGGAGGAAUAUCAGGGAAUUCUGCUGGCCAGCAAACAAAGACAUAAUAAGCUAUGGCGCUCACACUCUGACAGCGACCUAUCAGAUCGCCCAGAGUCAAUGUGUAAACCAUCAUCGCACUCUCUGGGUCGCUCCGACUCUCACAACAACAACACUUCCUCCCCCUCCUUACAUCACUUCCUGGGAGCGGCCGUGCUGCAAGCCCUCGGUGCUGAACCUGAAGACUCUGCCAAACCAAACACCGCGCACACACCACACUCUGACUCACACACAGACUCCAACAGUGUGUGUGACUCACCGGGUCAGGAGGAGGUCGGAUCAGAUUGCGGAGACCCCCUCCUGCUUCCCCUCCCCACACCCCGAGCAGCCACUGUGGUCCCAGAGGAAAGACUGGACAAUUCAGCAAGUGUCGCUAUCACUGUGCCUGUUGCUCUGCCCCACCCUCCACCAGCACUCCACAUCUUACCUCCUACUCCUGAACUCCAGCGUGCUCACAGGGGUCCUCCCACACAGCUGUCCAUUUCAGUGCCCAAACACAAACCAGCAGAACUGUCCCUCAGUUUGCCUGAGCGAAGCAGCUCAGAGGAAAUCUCUACUCCCACUCUGGAAUCCACUGACUCUGACUUAAUCGACCAAUCAUUAUCAGAUGUAACAAGCGACAAACACAGCCCCCUUAGCCCUGCCAACAUCAAUCCCCUACCUCUGGGUCUUCCCCUUGCUGCCAGUGACGACAACAACAACCCCAGCGAGUUACAGAUAGGCAGCGCCUUGGACAGCCGCGGCGAGGCCGACGGUUCAUCCAACCACAGCGCAGACAGCAUUGACUUCUUCAGCGCCAGAGAAAAGUUUCUUGGCCUGGCUCAAGAUGGCAGAUCCCGGACACUUUCUGAGCAGACACAUCAAAAGACACCUCUGUCGCUGGAGGAAAAUGGAGAAACCGAGGCAAAGGAGGAAGAGGAGCAAGAAAGUGGGACUAGUCAGGCGUCUCCACAGUCCGAAGACAGCGCUGACAAAGCCAGCCAAACUCAUCAUCCUCACCAUGACAAUGGAGUAUCAGUCCGCCAUAUUGUCACAGAGAUAGAAGCCAUAAGCCACCCUGCAUCCUGCCUUCCUCCCCCCUCCUCGUCCUCCUCCUCCUCCUCUUUGUCGCUCCCUCCAUCCGCCCACAGCCCUCAGCUCAUCAGACCAGAGCAUCAGGUGGAGGCUGAGACUCCUGAAGUCACGCACGGCUCUCUAACUCCGCCAUCACACCUGCAGUCUCCCUCCAUGCUGCCGUGCGAUUGGCUGGCAGGCUCUGUGCGGCGAGCCACCAAGCAGCUGGAGCAGAAGCUGAAACAGGAAAUGGAGAUGGCUGCGUCUCAGCGAUCUCCACUGCAUUCCCCAAGUGCUGAACAUCCCCCUGUCAGACUGUCCCUGUGUCCCCUGAGUGCUGAGCAACCUCCCAUUCGCUUCCCUCAGGACUGUACAGAGCAAAGGAUCACUCAGGAAGAGAUCACGGCUGUAUCUGCUAAGUCCAAAGAUGGAGAAGAGCAUACAGGGUCACAUACAGAGCUCAACUCCUCAGGCACGGACAACCUCCCAGACCCUUCCCCUGACUCAAAUAUCAGCCAAGUCUCUGGUGCUAUACCUAUAAUUGUGCCCACAUCCAUAGAUAACCAUAUGCUGACAUCAUCACUGGCCUCUACUUGUCAGUUAGAAGAACCAUCUCUCGAUACCUCAGCCCAGUCCCAAAGAAAGAGCCAGCUCCUCAGCCAAAACCAGCAGUGUCAGAUGCAGCCUCAGGCCUGUUCAGACCAAAUGACUCUGGAUGGGGUGACAGUGCAGGAGUCAGACACAGAUGAGAAGAUGGAAUCCAGUCCCCAGGUGGGGCGAGGGGGCUGUGGCCCCGGCUGUGAUGCCCAAAGCAGGCUGGCUCGUGGCAGCCAGGAGCUGGAGAGGAUUCAGCAGACACUGAGAGAGCUGCAGGCUUUCCUCCAUGAGGGCAUCAGCCUAGAGAUGACGGAAAGCCAAGACCAGGAACUAGGGCAGCCUCAGAGGCUCAGAGACAUUAUGGACACAGAGCCAGAGCCUUGCAAAGGGGCAAGUUCUGAACAAACCCCUCCAAGCUUGGAAGUAGGGCAGCGGCUCUGUGAGAGACAAGAGGGGAAGAGUUUCCUGGAGCCGAUAGUGUGGCACAGAGCCAUGGAGCUCGAGGCUCGUAUCCGCCAGGCAGGCCUCACCCCGCCUUCUCUCAUGAAGAGGUCGGCUUCCUUGGCUAAACUGGACUGUCUGGAGCUGUCGGCCAAUGACCUCAGCGACUUGGACUUGAGGCCGCACACCAGGACGACAUCAUCACACUCCCAGGACUGUUUCUCUAUGUCCACAUCUCACCCAGAUGACACAUGGAAGAAGCAGAAAGUGUUGACUCGAACCACUUGCGUUGAAAAGACAGGGUUGUCCCAUGACGGCAGGGAUCUUAACGAGUCAACCUCAGCGCCGUCCGUCUGCUUCUCCUCCUCCCCUCAUCGUUGUCCGAAAGAGGACACAGGUGAGAGGGAGGAGCCAGAUGGCAGCGGGAGCGGCGCAGUAGCUACAACACGUCAGCAGGGGAGGGGACACUCGUCGAGACGUUCUCGAAAAGGCUCAGCUGAGAAAAAGCAGCGAGCUGUCACUGUGCUAUACAAUACCAUGUAACCUCAGUGCAAUGGACUGGAACGGACACGACUGGAGCUGUGCGAGAGAGGCUGCAUGAUGUGUAUGAAUGUGUAGCAGGCAAACUGGAGACCUCCUGUAACCUCUGAUGUAUGUUUAGUGUGUAAGAACUGAAUGAUGAACAUAUGUUUGCAUGUUAACCACUGGAUGUGUUGUUUCAACUGGAGUUCAGGUUUGUAUGUACAGUAAUAAAAAUAUGAAUGUCCAAACUAAGACUGAACCAGUGCAUACUGUAUGCACUCCAUUAUAUCUAUCUCCCUUUUUUUUAAAGAAGCGUUUGUUCUCAGUGUUUGACCCUCGCUGCCUGUUGAGAGUUUCUAAAACUACAAGAGGGGCUUUUUCUCCAAACAUGCACUUUACUGUUUCGAUGAUUUUCUUUUAUUUGAAAUCUGUUUCUUACCCCGGGGAAGAUUCUUUUGCACUGUUCUCAGUCGACUUGUCUCUGUAUGCGUGUUUUUGUUUUCAAAGUGGACAGACGUGUCUUUACUCAGAUUUUUAAUUGAACCAGGACAAAGCUGAUAUCUUGUUUUUUAUUCAGUGCUUUAGCAGUAAAUAAAUAUGGUGAGUUUGUUUUGA